AUGUAUGCACUUCUGUCAACUGAAUCAGAAAAUAUGAUUAAUAAAUUGUUCAAUAAUAUUCAAAUGGCUGAUGAAAGCACUUCUGAUUGGAUCACAUUUUACCAUCAAAAUUGGGUUAUCACGUCACUAAACAAAUAUAUGUCAAAGAUUGAUGAUGAAGUAUGGAUAGCAUCUCCUGAUAAUACAAAUGUUGCGAAAGCAGCACAUGCACUGAGUAAUCAUUGUAGGAAGAGUCUUAAAUUGGUGACUGCUAUUAUUCACAAACUUUUAUCUAACCCAUAA